UAGUAUUACGGGAGCUGGAAGUAAAUGGUUGCGAAGGCGGUAACGUCGUUAUCAACAAAGUGGCCGUUUGGGAAAUAAACUUUUCGGUCACAGAAUAUGCAUGUUAUUUGUAUCGAAGUUAAGUGAUAGGUAAUAUAGUUAGUUUGGCACAACUGUGCUUUUAUGAGGAGAGUUUUCCCUUUGCGUGUAGUUAUUGAUGAGAGUAGCUGUCAGUUAGCCUUUGCAAGAUGAAUCAUUUAAAAACCCCGAAAGCAAAAGGUAACUUUAAAGCGACACGAAAGGAGAUUAAACAAGAGAACAAGCAUGCCGCUAGUAAAACGAGUAAACCCAAAGCCCCGAUUCUCGUCAACCACAAAAUUUUAGCCGAGAGGAAUCAGGCAAUAAUGCCGGUGGGUGCCUGGGUGGAGAGUGGGAUCGACUGUGAGGAACAUCCUGUUCUCCUUGCAUCAGUGCUGGAAGAGCAGCAUAUGGAGCUGCGCAGGGAGAAGGAGGAGAACCUGCGGAGGUUCCAGGAGCGGGUGCGCCGGCGCGUGGCCCAGCAAGCAAGGGUGCACAAGAGGCAACAGCUGCAGAAGACCCGCGAGAUGGCAGAGCGUGAGGGGAGGGUGUUCCAGCAGUCUAGUGAAACAGCCCUGAAUCUCACUCCUGGGAAGCGAGCGUUCCCCGCUUGCAACCAGAGGGAGGUGGCCAUCUGUAGCUCUGGAUCGCGCUGGGUGAGUGCCCAGGCACUGUCAUCCCACGACUGGGACCGUCCAGGAAAAAUGCAGGAACACCAGCUUAGCACAGUAAUGAAGCAGGUCAGACACAAGCUGGCCUCCUGUCAGUUGCUUCAAGAUGGAGAACAAAUGUCUGACCUCCCUGGAGGCAUGUGGAAGAGCUCUCCUACUAGAAGUCGUUCAGAGGAAGUAGAAGAGGAUGAAAUCCUCCUGAUCGGCCAACACGAUCGACCUCUCGACCUGCAAAAUCGGAGCGAGAAGGCAGAGGUGUCCGAGAGGCCAUUGCGAGAACCCUACCCUGCUGGGUCCAGUGCCACCUUCAGCACGCAUUACAGGGCUUCCCAGGUCCUUUGGCCAGCAGAAGAUAAGGAUGAGAUGAAGAAACAGAGACAAUCUCAGUUCCUCAUGUACCGACGCCUUUUCAUGGACAUCGAGAGAGCGCAGGUGAAGGAGCUUCACCGCCAGAGGAAACAUCUGAGAAGAAUCGAAAGUAUUAAGAGCGACAAGGAGCGGAGGCGGCUGGAGGAGGAGAGGCAGAUUCAGCACCUGGCGGAGAUGGAGGCGGCCACGGAGCGCGAGCGGCUGAAUCUGGAGGGCCUGCGGCUGGGGAAAGAGCAGGCGCUGGAAGAAAUGGCAAAGAGGGAGAGGGCGCGGAAAGAUCGGGAGACCACGAGAUUUAUCGAGGCCCUGACAGCUCAGAUGAAGGAGAGGGUGGCACAAGAGAAGGCGGACCUGCCCCCCCUCUGCUGCUGUGGCGAGAGUUUCUGGGACUCUCAUCCCGACACCUGCGCUAACAACUGUGUCUUCUACCACAACCCCAAAGCUUAUGCCCAGGCUCUGCAGUCUGUGCUGCUCAACAGUGACCUCAGGGAAGGUAGCUUCAGUCAUCGGGCCUCUGCCAGAACCAUAGCAUCCAUCCACAGACUCUCUCCCAGGAAGUAGGGACCCCCCCCCCCUCCAGUGGAGAGGCAUGGAGGAGAAAUGAUUUCAACAGCCUCAGUCACACAUUGCUGCUUUUUAACCUAAAAGCAAAUGAUGUGUGAUCGGCGAUGCGUACCUUAAAGGGACAAUCACCAGUGUCUGUGAAGUGCACUGGGAUUUUCUCACUGGGAUUUUCUUGAAGUAAUUGUGAAUUACUGUUAGAACUUUUAUAUUUAUGCAUUUUUUUUUUUAUUCUGAGAACUAGAUAUGUAAAACCAUUUGUCAUUAAUUAUGUGAAAUAUGUCAUCAAAUAAAUAGAAAGAGAAGUGUUUAAAAAUCA